AUGAUGGCAGCGGAAAAUGAUGCGAAAUCCCCAAUGUCGGAGAGAAUGAAUAGUCGACUGCAGGUCCAACCGCCGGCGUACCUGAAUAUGGAGGAGACGGGGCGAUUGGCUGAUAACUGGAAUCUGUGGCGAACACAGUAUGGAGACUUUCGUACACUGACAGAGAUGGACCGCGAAUCCAGUCCGGUGCAAUUGGCUUUGUUCCGAAUGCUUUGCGUGUCAUAA